AUGGCUGACGCUGAAAUUCCCGAUCAAAAGCUAAAUUUUGAACAGAAUGAACUUGUUUUGUGCUUUCAUGGUCCUUUGCUUUAUGAGGCCAAGAUCCUAAAAGCUGAAAACUGGGGCCCCAAUGAUUCAGAUUCUGGUGACACUGGUCCACACUAUUAUGUACAUUACAAAGGCUGGAAGAAAACAUGGGAUGAAUGGGUUCCGGAAGAAAGAGUAGUAAAACACAACGAAGCAAAUUUAAUUAGACAGAAACAACUUAAAGACACAUAUUCAAAUAAAAAAAAGAAACCGGCAAAAACAAUUUAUAAACUUGAGGAACAAAAUAAAGGAAGUGAUUUCUCGGAAAGCUCGCUAAAACAUCAGGGAGAAGAAACAGACAGUGAAGAUAGGAAUGACACAGAAUCACAGGAGGAUCAACUACAGAGAGAAAAUCAAGAACGCGGGAAAAAAAGAAAAAAAAUUAAUGAAGAUGAAGAUGAAGAGGAAGAAUUCAUGAACCGUCUCGAAAUCAAGAUACUACUACCAGAGUCACUAAAAGUCAAAUUAAUUGAUGAUUGGGAAAACGUUACGAGGAAUAAUGCUUUAUUGAAAUUACCUCGGAAAUAUACAGUUGCAGAAAUCUUGAAUGAAUAUUUGGAUUUCAAACACAAUCCGAUAGCUGUCACAGCUUCCAAUCUGAAACCUGAUAAGGAUGAUAUACAUUCCGAAGUUGUCCAAGGUAUUAAGAUAUACUUUGACAAAACUCUUGGAAACAUUCUUUUGUAUGCUGAAGAACGUCAGCAAUACGUAAACAUCCGUAAGCAAUUCCUUGAUAAAGAAAAUUCAGAGAUAUAUGGAGCAGAGCAUUUGUUACGACUUUUUGUUGAACUUCCACGAUUACUUGCUCACACUACAAUGGAUCAAGCUGCUACGGAGACUCUUGAAGAGCAUUUAAUAGAUUUUUUAAAGUUUCUACAAAAAAAUGAAGACCGAUAUUUUGCCGAAACCGAAUAUGAACGUCACGGUAUGCUACCGCCAAAAAUACAAAAGGCAACCGGAAAAAAGAUAUGUGGUUAUAUUAAUAUGAGCGAACGAGAGG